CAAUUUCGCAGGUGACAGUGACCUACAUUAAAAAUUAAAAUAAAAAAUAAAAAUAGAGUAUCUCAAAGUAAAGAUUAAUAAAAAGCAAGAAUACUUUAUAACUCGUCUUUAAAUUUAUAAUUAUUACUGUAUUAAAAUAAUAUGACUGAAACGACGAGUAUCUAUCAUGAAAAACAAAUAAGGGAACUAUGUGCCCUACAUGCUUUAAAUAAUUUAUUUCAAGCCAAAGGUACAUUUUCCAAAGCUGAAUUAGAUUUAAUAUGUACUUCUCUAUCACCAAAUCAUUGGAUAAAUCCGCACAAAUCUAUGCUGGGACUUGGAAAUUAUGAUAUUAAUGUGAUUAUGAAGGCUUUACAAGAUAGAGGCUAUGAAGUAAUCUGGUUUGAUAAAAGGAGGGACCCCUCUUGUUUAGUUCUAGGUAACAUAUUUGGUUUUAUUUUAAAUAUACCAAGCGAAUACAAAUUAGGCUUUAUUACGUUACCUGUCUGGAGGCGGCAUUGGAUAACUAUAAAACAAAUAAAUAGUGGUUAUUAUAAUUUGGAUUCAAAACUGGAUGUGCCACAGUUAAUUGGAGGGGACCAGGAGGUGAUAAAUUAUUUAAGAGAUGAGGUAGAAUCCAAAGACAAGGAGUUAUUCUUAGUAGUCACAAACGAAGUUUCGAAGGACCAAAGUUGGAUAGAAGAUACGGAAAUUCGACAAUUAGCUAACGGUCGUGAUGCGGACAUUGUUCAGUUGAGUGACGUUCACUGAAAACUGCCCUUUUAAACAUAUUUGUAUUAUUGGUGAUAAAAUAUUUUUUCUAUAAACUGUUGAUAUAUUUUAAUAAGUUAUUAACUUGUUUGUGAAGGAACAUCAUUCCUUUUAUGUUUGUAAAUUUAUAGUUUUACAAUUUACAAAUGUUGCAUUUGGUGAUAAUAUUUAUUCUGUUUGAAUUAUUAAAUUUGUUCAAAGUUU